AUGGUGAAGGCCCAUGACACCUACCACGACGUCCUGAAGGAACAUCUAAUGACCAGGAACGUUGGCCAGAGUACAUCGGUAGUCCCCAGUGCGACAGCACAGAAAGUGGUUCAGCAAGCUAUUGCAACUGCGCCACCGCCGUCGGAGGCCAAGGUAAAACCGCCUCAGGCUGAGCCUCAAUCGACGACGUCGAAUCCACAGCAGUCGAGUUUUCAACAGUCACUCGAUCAGACAGCUCAACUGCCAUCAGCAUCCACAGCACACUUCGAUCCGGAACCAAGAAGUUUCGCCAAUCUAGAGUCAAUCGGACAUACUGGAACAGAACCUGGAGCGAGUACAAAAGUGGUUUCAAUACGGAAGAAAUGA